AUGGUGGUGGAGAAGGUGGAGAAAGAGAAUGAGAAGGUGGUGGAGGAGGAGGAGAGAAAGGUGGUGGUGGUACUGGAGGAGGAGCUGGUGGUGGAGGAGGAGAAGGUGGAGAAAGAGGAGGAGGUGGAGGAUGAAGAGGAGGAGAGGAAGGAGAAGGUAGAAAACCUGACCGGGAUACCAAGUCCGGAUUCCGUGGCGGACUCGCCCUGUCUGCGGCCUAGUCUCAGUAACGGUCACUGCGCCAGGGAGGCGACAACCUUCACUUUCCCGGUACAGGGCGAUCAGCGGGGAGUGCCAGAAGUGAAAACGGCAAACCCGUUUUUUCAAAGAACACGACUGGAGAAGAGGCUAAUCAUCUUGGCGGUUAUCUUGGCGGCAUGCUCUGUCACAAUGGUCACAAUCCUCUUUGUACAGUGGCAUACAAGGAGAAGCGAGCAAUCACACACUUUGCGACACCAACAAUACAGCGUCAUUGAGAGCUUGGAUGUGUCAGGUAUAAAUCAGAGGAAUAGCAUGGCUCAAAGCACGGAUGAAUGCACGGAAAUCUGCACGUCACCAAACUGUGUCGCAUCAGCUGCUCGACUGAUUUCAAAUAUGGAUCCACAUGUGGACCCCUGCGAAGAUUUCUAUGAAUAUUCAUGUGGAGGUUGGCAUAGAUCAAACGUCAUUCCUGAAGACGACUCGCAUUAUGCUGUUCCUUCACAACUUAAAAAGAAUUUAGAAAUACAAUGCAAAGAACUGAUUGAAAGGACGCCACCACCGUCAGAAACAGAGGCAAUCAGAAAAGCAAGAGAUUUUUAUAAGUCAUGUAUGAACGAAGAGGUACUAACUCAAAGAGGAAUUGAACCUCUGACAGCCCUUCUUCGUAAGCUCGGAGGAUGGCCCGUUCUCAACGAUGGUGUUUAUGAUGAGCGAACAUGGAGAUUAGAAGAGGUCCUUGCUACGUCUCGGAUGCUACUCGAUCGCAACUUUCUAUUCUUUAACCGAAUUUCUGUUGAUGCAGCCGACUCCAAUGCACAUAUUAUGACGUUUGAUCAGCCAAACCUGGGACUACAAAAUCGUGAUUAUUACCUUAGAGGCGAGUCAAUACAGGGUUUGAAAGCAUAUGAGAAAUACAUGAUAGACAUGACACUCUACGUACGAGGAGGAAAUGACGUAGAAAACGUCACACGCGAGAUGCAAGAAGUCCUGGAAUUCGAAAAAAAGAUGGCUAACAUUUCUAUGACCCCAACCGCGAAAAGAGGAGCUCAGUUAUUAAAUCAGAAAGUCAGUGUAUCAUAUCUCAACAGAAGGCUUCCUACAAUUAAUUGGACUAGAUACUUUCAGCUAGUUAUGAAUAAAACUGCGAUCGAUCACUCGAUGGAACUGGUCGUCUAUUCACCACAAUAUUUGCUGGGGCUAAAUCGAAUAGUGCAAGAAACGCCGAACAGGACAAUUGCAAACUAUCUAGUAUGGCGUGCUGUCAUAUAUACAAUGGAUUUGAUGAACAGCAAGGCUCGUUCAAUACGACAGACGUUUCGCAAGGUCGUGAGUGGGGAAAAGAGGCAGCCUGCAAGAUGGAAGCAAUGUAUUGAAAACACAAAUUCGUACAUGUCCCGUGCGUUGGGGGCGCUCUUUGUGCUAGAGAAAUUUGACGUGGAGAGCAAAAAAACGGCUUUGAAGAUGAUCGGUCAUUUAAGGAACACUCAAUAUAAUAUUCUUAACACAACAGACUGGAUGGAUGACGUAACAAAACAAAAAGCAUUACAAAAGGCUUACGCAAUAAGGGAACAAAUCGGAUACGAGGAAAAAUUAUUAAACUUUACAUAUCUUGAUGGGGUCUAUGAAAGAAUAAAUAUAACCGUGGAUAGAUACUUUGAGAACGCUGUCCAGAUCAUGUCAGAACACGCACGAAAACUAUUUGCUAAACUUGAUGAAAAAGUAGAUAGAUACGAGUGGUCUACUGUUCCUUUGGUUGUAAACGCCUACUACCAAUUUUCCAGUAAUGUAAUCACUUUCCCGGCAGCUAUUUUGCAGCCACCGUACUUCAGCAGUCGACAUUCGAGAUCUAUGAAUUAUGGUGGAAUAGGCGUAGUCAUCGGACAUGAAUUAACGCAUGCAUUCGACGAUAAAGGACGUCAUUUUGAUAUUGAUGGAAAUUUAGGUAUUUGGUGGACGAAUUCGUCGAGCGAGUCAUUUCGUAGAAAAACACAAUGUCUCAUUGAUCAGUAUUCCAGUUAUCAAUAUGAAGAUCUAGGAAUGAACAUUGAUGGCUUGCGGACUUUGGGAGAGAAUAUUGCUGAUAAUGGAGGAUUAAAAGAGGCUUUCAUGGCCUACAGACAUUCUGUCGAGGAAAUAGGAAAGGAGGAACCUUUACUACCCGGUAUCAACCUCACGCAUAACCAGAUUUUCUUUCUAAGCUUUGGCCAGCUCUGGUGCGGACUACAUCGAGAUCAAGAUCGAAUUAAUGGUCUAAAAAACGACUACCACUCACCUCUAAAAUUCAGGGUAUGGGGAUCUGUCAGCAAUUCUGAAGACUUUGCCAAAGCAUUCAACUGCCCGGUCGGGUCGCCCAUGAAUCCAAGGAAUAAAUGCGGGGUCUGGUAACAGAGCUGAAUGCACUCAGAUCGCUGAUAUGCCUAGUUACACCAAGAACACCGACUCAAGAGAGAUCGAACUAUUACGUUAUUUCGAAAGGAAAAUCGUCGGUCGAUUUGCAGCCAGUUUUGUAGGUGUGACUUUUACCUUACAUGGAAGUAACGUUGGACAGAGUGGCCACAAAUGACUUUUCUUUCUCUCGGAUGAAGAUACUAAAGGGGGAAAAUUGCAUGUCUUGGAUGACAAUGCAAGAGAGAGAGAGACCUGGAGGGAGUGAGAGAGAGA